AUUGGCUGAGCAAAGGUCACAUGACCAGGAGGGUCGCGACAGUCAACUUUCUUCCCAGGUCUUAUUCCGUCAAACUUUUGCUCCAUUUGCCUUGUUUUUGUCAAAAAUGAACAUCCCCGUGGUGGACUUCAGCUCCUACAGCUUGGAGAAGGAAAAUGUUCCAGACGAGCAGCUGCAUGCACUAGUGACAGAGUUAAGAGCAGCCUUUACUGAGGUUGGCUUUGUUUUUCUGCAGAACUAUGGAAUUGAGCAGGAGCUGGUGGAUCGUGCCAUGGAAACGUCAAAGCAGUUCUUUUUGCAGCCUGAUGAAGAGAAACAGCCUUUCAGCAGAGGAAACUUCGAAAACUGCUUCAAUCAUGGCUGGGUUUCUAUGGAGACGGAGAGUCUGAAUCCAAGCAGACCUGGAGACCUAAAGGAGGCUUUCAACAUUUCUUCACUUGACCCAGAAAUAAAGUGGCCAUCAAAAGAUUUUCAAGAAGUCCACACGUCAUUUUUCCAGCUCUGUAAAGAACUGAGCCUGCGGGUACUGAAGGUCGUGGCUCUCAGUCUGAAUCUACAGCCGGACGUGAUCCUGAGUGCACACAAAUUUAUCGGAACGUCCAAUAAGAACGGAACAACUCUUCGGGCUCUCUACUACCCGCCACUGAACAGCGAGAAUCCAAAAGAAGGUCAGAUACGGUGUGGAGAGCAUACAGAUUAUGGCACUUUCACUCUGCUAUUCCAGGGUUCAGAGGGUCUCCAGGUGUGUGGACGCUCAGGUGAGUUCUUCCCUGCUCCUAACAUACCUGGAGCUAUCCUCCUCAAUAUCGCUGACUUGCUGCAGCACUGGACCAGUGACCAGUAUAUCUCUGUGUGUCACAGGGUUUUGCUUCCCCCUGUUGGAGACUCCUGCACACGUCAGUCUCUGGCCUUCUUUCUUCAUCCAGAUGACGAGGCCGUGAUCACCUGCCUGGAUGGCUCAAACAAAUACCCUCCAAUCACCGCAGAAGCCCAUGCUCUCAAAAAACUCAGAGACUCGUAUGGAAAAAGUUAAAGUCACGCAUGCUGUUAUGUUGGAAUGCUACCUUCAGGUAGAAUUUUACAAACUCUGCGAUGGUCAUCCUACUUAAGAGUUACUUCUGUUACAAGUCUGAUGUGCCAAUUAAGAAAGUGUGUCUUGAAAUGUAAUGGUGAUCCCAAAACAAUACUUUAAAGAACAAUGGAAAUGUGAAAGAAGUUUAACCGGAGUGUAUAAAGUUACAUUUGCUUUAUUGUUAACAUUCACCUACAGUAUUGUAGUGAUUUCAAUUCACAGGAUGUUGGAUGAUCUUAGUUUUUUGAAGGGGUAAACAGGUGUUUAGAAUAGAAACAAAAAUAUAGCAGACAUCAACAUGAAAAAAAAA